GUUUCCUCUCUCCAGAACAAAAAAAAAAAACGCUUUAUUCAACCGUUUACUCAUUUUCUCUCUCUAGAAUUCUAAUUCAAUCCUUCACUUAGCUUCGUGCCUUCAAAUUCUCUUCGUCUAUAUUCAAUUCUACUUCUCCUCCCUUUCUUCUCCUUCAAGUUUCUCCUUCUUCGAUUCCUCCAAAUCUCUUAGAUCUCUCAGUACAGAACCACUCGCUCUCAUCCAUGGCUGGUCGAUUCGAUAGUAACCCCUUCGCUGAAGAAGAGGAAGUUAAUCCGUUCUCGAAUCAUGGAAGCGUUGCUCCUGCCAAGAACUCCAGACUAUCACCUCUGCCUCCGGAACGUGCUGGUUUCAAUUACGGUAUUGGUGAAACCGUCGAUAUACCUAUUGAUGGAAGUGGGGAUUUGAAAAAGAGGGAGAGGGAACUCCAAGCUAAAGAAGCUGAACUGAGAAAGCGUGAAGAGAUUGUAAAACGGAAAGAGGAUGCUGCUGCACGAGCUGGAAUUGUUCUCGAGGAAAAAAAUUGGCCACCUUUCUUUCCACUUAUCCAUCAUGAUAUUGCAAAUGAAAUACCAAUUCAUUUACAAAGGGUGAUGUAUGUUGCAUUUACAACAUGGUUAGGAAUUGUUGCUUGCCUCUUCUGGAAUAUAAUAGCUGUGACUACUGCCUGGAUUAAGGGGGAAGGGGUGAAAAUUUGGUUCCUUGCGGUUAUAUAUUUCAUUGCUGGGGCCCCUGGAUCUUAUGUGUUGUGGUACCGUCCUCUUUACCGCGUGUUCAGGUCUGAGAGUGCAUUGAAGUACGGAUGGUUUUUCCUGUUCUACCUGUUUCACAUUGGUUUCUGCAUCUUUGCUGCGGUCGCUCCCCCUAUAAUCUUCAAAGGAAAAUCUCUCACUGGCAUUCUGGCUGCAAUUGAUGUUCUAGGCGAUCAUGCUUUGGUUGGGAUCUUCUACUUCAUUGGAUUUGGCAUGUUCUGUCUUGAAUCAGUGCUUAGCAUCUGGGUUAUUCAGCAAGUAUACAUGUACUUCCGGGGAAGUGGUAAAGCUGCUGAAAUGAGGCGUGAAGGAGCAAGACAUGUUGCGAGGGCAGCAAUAUAAGGCAAAGAAACAUGUAUUCAGAAGGAAAAGAUGGCGACUCUGUAUUGAUUUAGGUUGUAUAUGCCCUUAGCUACAGGAUUUGCGGAUACAGAUGUUUUGCUCGAGCCUUUAUUUUUUGAUUUGUACCCCCUUUACAUAUUUCACAAUUGAUUAAGUGCUACUACCUCUCUUAGUAUAUUGGAGUGAUAUGGAAACUUGAAUCCAAGGGCUUGUAACUUGUUAGAUACACGUCUUCUGCAUUUUUGCUGCUUCUAAGAAUUCUGUAUUGGAGUUUAAUUCAAUCAUUCUCAGUACAAUGUUUUGGAACCA